AUGGAGCCCGGGGGCACGGCGCGGGGGGGGGAGGGCGUGGAGCAGCUGCUUGCCAGCAGGGACCGGCAGGGGUUCGACAGCAGCGGCAACUGGUGCAUGACUAUCUUCAGCUUCCGGGGCCGUGCAACGCCCGUUGUGCCCCUCCUCGUGUACUAUCUGUACUGCCUUGUCGUGGUGGCAGUCAUCAUGACCCGAUUCCAGCACAUCUUCGUGGUCUGCCAACAAAGCUACUGCUACCUGGACUCUCUGACAACGCCUGUGUCGAUCGUGGGCAGCGCCCUCUUUUUCCUGCUGGUGUUUCGAACCAACUCGAGUUAUGCGCGGUGGUGGGAGGGCCGAAAGGUGUGGGGCCAGAUCGUUACCACCGCACGUAACAUGGCGCGUCACGCCGCAGUUUUCCUAAACGAGAAGGACGUGGCACUGGACAUCAUCCGGUGGGCGGGGGCCUACCCAAUCGUCCUUAAAUCUCAUCUGAGGGAGGAAAAGGACCUCAGCGAGGUGGGCCAAUUCCUGGACGGCGGCCAAAUAGAGGACGUCAUCGAGGCGUCCAGCAUGCCGAUGCACGUCAUGCUGCGCCUGUCAUCGGCCAUUCGCUGCAUCGCCGUGCACAAGCUGCUCCCGGAGGCCCAGAUCUAUUACCUGGACCAGAACCUGGAGGAAUUCAUGGGCCAGCUGGCGGCCGCGGAGUGCAUCAGGAAGACGCCCAUGCCCUUCGCAUACGUGGCUCACCUGAGGACGUUCAUGGUGCUGUGGCUGAUGUCCCUGCCCUUCGUGCUCAUCCACGACCUGGAGUGGCUCAUCCUGGUCGUGUGCGUCAUCAUCGGUUACGUAAUCAUGGGCAUCGAGGGCAUCGGCGUGGAAAUCGAAAACCCCUUUGGCAGGGACUACAACGACCUUCCGCUGGACACCCUCGUGGCCAAGUGCAGCGACAAUCUAUUGGCCAUGAUGGCCUUCGUCGAGCAGCAGAAGGGCCCGCCCAUGGGUCAGUGUCGGAACGGGACUUCCGUGGGCCAGUGUGGGAACGAUGCUUCCGUGGGUCAGUGUCUGAACGGGACGGCCCUGGGUCAGUCCCAAUGGGCCGGCAGUCCGGCGUAUCCGUGGGAGUACAAGCGCAUCGUGUUGUUUGGCAGUUCCACGGUGGGUUCUGGGGACUGGGCAACGAUCGCCCAAUCAUCAGUUUCUGGGGAUUACGGACUGGCACUUUCUAGGGAUUGUCAACGGACAGUCUCUAAGGAUUGUUACGAGACGGUGCUUUCUGGGGAUUGCGAACCAGCAGUUUCAAAGGAUUGCGAGCCGGCACUUUCUAACGAUUGCCAGCCGGCGUUUUCUGGGGAGAACAAUGCGGGACUUUCCAGGAGGGGCAGGACGAGAAGCAACGCCGAGUCGAUGCGCGGCAUUCCUGAAACGAUUCCCGAGCAUCAUCCUGAGGAUGCCAGAUUGGGUCCAUCCCCGGAAGGAGAAUCCCAGGAAGGCCUCGGGAAGGAGAAACUUCCUUGGGGCAGCCCACCGGUACUUUCUAGGGACGGCGAACUGGCAAGUCCUGGGGAUGAUGAACUGGCAAUUUCUAGGGACGACGGACUGGCGAUUUCUAAGGGCGACGAACCACCGGAUUCUAAGGGGGACCAAUCGGCGAUUUCUGAGGGCGACAAACCGGAGACAUCUGGAGGCGACGAACCAGCGAUAUCUGGGGGCGAUGAACCGGCGAUAUCUGGGGGCGACGAACCGGCGAUAUUUGGGGACGAUGAACCGGAGUUUUCUAGGGAUGGCGGCCCGGACUGGCAAGGGAGCGACCAAGGCCGCGACGGAUCGUGGGGCAGCGAGUUGGGGAACGGGGAGCCCGAUGCGAUGCCCAACAUCGGUGCAAGCGGCUGCCGAACUGGUGGCAGCAGCACCUCGGACUGGGUGGAGGGUGGCGGAUCUGUGCAAGAGACUUGA